UGUGUGAAACCAAUGAAAAAAACAUAGUACAGCAUUAAUGAAACAUGAAUGAUGAUGCGAAUCCAUGCCAUUUCUGCGAUUAAUUGGUAAUCGAUCACUAAUUAAUUUCACAUUUAGUAGAUUCCACCGAAAAAUGUAACCCCCAAAGACGUGUGCACGUACUUCAAUCAUCUCAUUCCCAAUUUAUACCGCUAUCUGUAUUCUACAUUCUCUACUCUCUCUCUCUCUCUCCUGUGAAAUGGAUUCUGUCCCAGUACUCGAAAAUAUUCCAAAGAUGGAGAUCAACCCACAUGAAUUUGACUGGUACUACCCAGAAGAACAUUCUGAAAGGAUAUUAGAUCUGCCGCCACUGGAUUGUUACUUCGAGUUAGACCCACUUCCAUUCCCACAUGGAAACAAGCAACUAUACAUCACUGAGUUAAAAAACUUUGAAGAUCUGAAUCCUGAUUUUGUCUCGGCAGAACUCGACCUUCCAUUUUUUUAUGAAGAUGUAGUGGUCGACCAAAGUCCUCUAAACUCUGUGACAGACUCUAUUGGUCAGUUUGAAAAUCUUGCAACUUACUUGAGUGGAUAUUCCACAAUAAUUCAUCAGGGUGACUAUCAGAGCUCAAACAAGACUGAAAAGGAAAAGAGGGCAACAAGUGGGAGGAAGAAGAUGGCCGUGUUGGAGUUAGAUGAAAUACAGAAGCACUUUGACAUACCAAUAACCAAAGCAGCAAAGAAGAUGAAUGUGGGAUUGACUGUAUUGAAGAAAAGGUGCAGAGAACUUAAUAUCAAGCGAUGGCCUCACAGGAAGCUCAAGAGCUUGACGUCCCUCAUUAACAAUGUUAAGGAAUUGGGUCUGACAAAUGAGGUAGAGACAUUGGAGGAGCACAAGAAAAUUCUAGAGAAACUGCCAGAUGCAGAGCUGACAGAGAGAACGAGGAAACUGCGGCAGGCUUGUUUCAAAGCCAAUUACAAGAAGAGGAGGUCUCUUGCUAUUCAAGCGUGACAGCUUUUUUCAUGGCUCAUUAGUUAAAUGUAGAGAGAGAUGUAUAUAGUCCUAGUUUGUUAAUUAUCUAGAUUAUCAUAUAUAGCAUAUUAAUUACGA